GGUGGCGACGGAUCACAACAUUGAUAACACCACAUCCAUCCUAAGAGACUGGCUCAUCCAGGUGCAGAACUACUAUCAUUAUGUGGAGUGGCGACCUGAAGAAGAACCCAGGGCUUUUGUGGACGAGGUGGGGCCAAAGCACUGGAAUAAUCUCCGUUAUGAACACGUGAUGAAGCUCCGACAGGCAGCGCUGGACACUGCCCGUGAGAUCUGGGCCGACUACCUCCUGAUGGUUGACUGUGACAACCUGCUCACCAGUCGGGAUGUGCUGUGGAAGCUGAUGAGGGAGAACAAGACCAUCGUAGCUCCCAUGUUGGAGUCCAGAGCUGCGUACUCCAACUUCUGGUGUGGGAUGACUUCACAGGGUUAUUACAAGCGUACUCCAGCAUAUAUGCCCAUUCGCAGACGAGAGCGUAAGGGCUGUUUCGCUGUACCGAUGGUCCACUCGACCUACCUGGUGGAUCUGAGGAAAGCGGCUUCUCGUGAGCUGGCUUUUUAUCCUCCACACCCGGAGUACAGUUGGGCACUGGAUGAUGUUAUCAUCUUUGCUUACUCCGCUCGCAUGGCAGAUGUGCAGAUGUAUGUGUGCAACAAAGAGACYUACGGGUAUUUUCCAGUGCCGAUGCGUUCCCAUGCAACCCUGCAGGAUGAGGCAGAGAGUUUUUUGCAUACUCACCUUGAGAUCAUGGUGAAUAAUCCGCCGUUGGAGCCCUCCAGCAUCCUGUCUCUUACUCCAAAGCAGUCUAAUAAGAUGGGCUUUGAUGAGGUUUUUAUGAUAAACCUGGUACGGAGAUCUGAUCGCCGUGAACGAAUGCUAAGAACUCUGAAUGAGAUGGAGCUCAGCUGUAAGGUUAUUGCUGCUGUGGAUGGCAAAUAGUGGAACGUGACCUGCAGACCUCCCUGGUCCUCGAGGAUGACCUUCGUUUUGAGGUUUUCUUCAAACGUCGUCUUCAGGCUCUGCUGCAGGAGGUGACAACACACAAGCUGGACUGGGAUCUCAUUUAUAUUGGACGGAAAAGGAUGCAGGUUGACCACUCAGAGAAAUCUGUCCCCAACAUCCACAACCUGGUGGAGGCAGAUUACUCCUACUGGACUCUUGGCUACAUGUUGACAUUACAAGGAGCCCAAAAACUCCUCAGAGCUGAACCUCUGAAAAAGAUGCUUCCUGUUGAUGAGUUCCUCCCUGUGAUGUACAACAAACAUCCAAUUUUGGAGUACAUGGAUCACUUUGAGCACAGAGACCUACACGCUUUCUCUGCCGAGCCGCUCCUGGUGUUUCCGACCCAUUACACGGGAGAUCUGGGCUACAUCAGUGACACAGAAACGUCAGUGGUGUGGGACAACGAGACGGUCAAAACAGACUGGGAUCGAGCCAAGUCGAGGAAAACUCAGGAACAAGGAGAGCUGAGCUUUAAGGCCCAGAACUCUGACGUGCUGCAGUCUGAACUGGAGAACUGGAGCGCACGGGACGAGCUGUGAUCAAGAAGUUCAAACAGGAAGUGGAAAAGAACUCUGUACAGUAAAAAGGGAGGUAGAACACAGCUGUGAUAGCAGGUGCAGCCAUAGAUGAUUGACACCUGCUUAAUGAGGGGAAAUGGUUUCUUACUAAUGGCUCUUUCUCUCAGGAGAUUAGAUGUAGAGUUAACUCUUGAAGAGUCAACUAACAGUAUUUGUUUUAUUUAUUGCAUCAGUCUGKUUCAAAAAUACUUUUCAAACUACAUACAUUUGAAUGUACAUGAAUGUUUGCAUCUUCAAACCAUUAAACCUUUCCAUAAUUAUAUCUUAAAACUUAAUGUUUUUGGUUAAAAUUGGAGAAUUUCUUAUAUGAAUUAUUAUUGCAUUUCUGUUUGUACAGACAAAAAUGCUUCACUAGAAGAAACCAACCACCCUCCCCCCAACAUAUUCUUUAUUUUCUCCUUCCCUGUUCCAACAUGUGACUUGUUACAAGUGGCUGCAGUCAGUUUGACCAACAUAUUAAUAUUUUUAGGAUUUAUUCAGAAAAUUAUUUUGUCUUGGCAUUAUUUCUUUUCAAAUCAUCUUUUGACACUUGGAAUUGUCUUUUGAUGCAUUUGGGGUUCCCUAAAAACCCCAGCUCUUUGUAUUUUAUUGUUUAUGUCUAAAGUUUGUUUGCAUUAUUGAAUGUAUCUGUUUUAUCACCAAAGCAUUCUCACCUUUGUACAACAGCAGAUUGACAUUUAGCUGUUUUUAUUGCAGCUUUUGUUGCAUGUUUGUCAAAAUAAAAGAAAAUAGAUUUUUAGAAACCUC